UUUUUGGAUUUGGAUCAAUUCUCUUGAUUUUCUACCUUUUUAGAGCUUCUUGAUUCGUUUCCUUAUGACCCAAUUUUGCUUUCUGUACUUUGGUUGCAAAAAUCUUACUCGAUUUUGUUUCUAUGCCCAUUUGAGGAUCUUCGUUGAAGACGCGAUUCUAAGUGGUUUUAGCGUUAAUUCGAGUAGAUUUCUCAUCUGGGUAAUGUAUCUGAUUUGAAAUUCUUAGUUUUCAUAGUAAAAUUUUGAUCUUUUUUUUUUUUUUGCUUUCGAUUUCGAUAGUAGUUGACUCUCGCCGACCUUAUCUGACGGCAAAAAGUUUGUCAACUUUUUGUAUUCUUUUUUUCCCAAAAGUCUGGGGUUUAGAUACCGGCUUUGUGUCUAUUCGAUUCGAUUUAGAGUUGGUUAAUGGUAGGACCGAACCGUACCCGAUCCGACCCGCCCUCAAAGACCGAGAAAAUUGCGUCUUCCUUGAACAACAAAAGUUGAAGCUUUAUUGCAAGUUGCAGGUCUCUAAAACCCUAACCUUAAUCUCUGUCUUGUUCGAAUUUAGAGCAGUAUCAAGAAUCAGAGUUCCAUUGAAAUUGUUUGAAUAAAACUCCAUGGAUGAUACACAAGUCAAAGCUCUGGAGGAGAAGCUGAAGAGUCAGCUUGGCCAGCUUGAACUCGAGCAAGCGGUGUUCGAGAGAAUGGUCUACAAGAAUAAGAACCAGCAUCGGAGAUGCUCUUAUUUUCAAUACCUUCUCAAGGUGAGAAGGGACUUGAGACUUUUAAGAACAGCAAACAUGGAGAGUAUGUUGAGACCUUGCUUUCAUGUUAUUUCUGGGAGAAUAAGUAAACAGAAGAUUCAUGUUUUGGAGAGCUUGAAGUUGAAAAAAUCUGAUACUGGGAAACCAAAUAUCUUGGAACGACUUCUUGGAGCUCUUCAUUUACUCUCACAGAUGACUGAACCCAUCUUGAAGGCAGCUAGUGGGAUAUCCACUCUACUAGCUCGUUCAUUUUUCAUAGGAUUUUCUGUGACAUUUUUGGCCCUGCUUGCACGCCUCCGAGUGUUGAUUCAACAAAUAUUACUUGAUGCUGUUUCAGUUUUCAAUUCGGUAACAUCUACAUCACUGAAGAAACAGUCUGUCAAGAUAGCACAGGACGGGGUUGAGGUUGGUCAAAGAUCUUUGGUGUAGAAACAGUAUCCUCACCUCUCUGAAAUUAUCUCGGAUGAACAUGCUGCUUUCAUUCUGGGCCUUUUGAUAACUGAUAAUGUCAUCAUGGCUCAAGAAGCCAAGAAACGACAGUCAAAUUCCUACAUGGCGCUAAAAACAUACAUAAUGAAAGCUUAUGAUCGUCUUGAAUGGAAGUUUUUAGAAGAAACAAUGAGACAAAUGAGAUUUGCUGAGAAGUAGAUCGGGUGGAUAAUGAACUCUGUCACGUCUGUAAGUUUUACUGUCCUGAUUAAUGGCAUAGCUCAUGGCCACAUCCAACCACAACGGACAGGGAGACUCGCUCUCUCUUUAUUUUUUUAUUCUCUAUACCGAAAUGCAACAAGUAGCCUAACGUCUACAACUUCAAGCCAA